AUGAUGAUUCAUGCAGAUGCAACAAGCUUGGAUUGGAUUGCGCCAAUUGGUGCGUGGCAUCCGGACAUUGUCUGUCUCUCUCCACCGUGUCCGCCGUGGUCCAGGGCAGGUCGAGGUGCAGGCUUAGGAUCAAUCGAGGGAAUGCUUUUUCCAGAGAGUGUUAGUCUUCUUCGUUGGUUGCAACCUUCCUUGAUUUUGGUUGAGAAUGUUGCUGUUUUCCAAAGCCAUGAGCAUAAACCUUUUGUGCUUCGAACUAUUUCCAUGCUUGGAUACCGACUGGCGUGGGCAAGAGUCUUGGAUCUCAAAGCACAUGCACCAUGUUCACGACCCAGAUGGCUUGCACUUUUCGAAAGAUGCAGUGACCCCAUGAUUGAUCAGAUUCCGUUUCAAAUGUGGCCGAAUGGUGGUACGCAUACUCCUGAAACAUUUGAUUCAAUCUUGCCACCGCCUUGGGCUCUGGACCAAGCUCUGAGGAUUGAUGAUGAGACCAUGCAAAUCUUAGCCAACCCUCUUUUUGCACCAUGGAAGACCAACAGAAUUUUGAGUAGGGAACAGGUACUGGAAACCCGGAGAUACCAAAAAUGUGAUACUCUCCCUGCUUUUUUGGCUUCUUACGGCAGACAGCACAGAUUCAGCGAGCACGAGUUGAAGUCACGUGGAUGCCUUGCCCAUUUUUUCCGUGAUCAAGAUCUGGAUAGAUGGUGGCACCCUCUCGAAGUGUUGUUGCAUCACUGUGCCCUGCGAACCGUGCUUUUGACCAAUGCAUUGCGAAAGUUCAAGCCAGCCAAGUUCUCUGCAUCCGUCCAAGAGGAUGAGAUCUCGUAUUUCCCAGAAACUUUGCAAUUCCAACCCGUCAUCAAUGCCAGCUUCCAUUGUGCAGAUGUCGAAAGAACUCUGGCCGUCUCAGCAGCCUUGUCCAACGCAGACAUUGUGCAACUUUGGGGCGGUAGAUGUCAAGUCGAGCAUGAUUCACCAUUUGGCAUUCAACUUUUACCGAUUGUUGGGGCACAUGCCUACAACAAUGCAGAAAAGGUCAUUGUUUGCUGCCAAGACGGAUCGAUCACCGUCUAUUUGCUUGAUCAGACUGAAUCACUGAGAAAACAGAUUGAUGCCACCACAGAUGCCCAGUUUCGUUUCGAUGUGUUUGGUGAAAUCACUACUGGCCAAAGAUUCCACCAACUGAACAUUGCUUUUCCACAUGAGCUCAAACAUGGAUCGGUUUCAGUUGACAUUAUGUUUGCAUUGGCCGCGCUUUCCCUUUGCAAUGUUUUGUUUCAAUAUGACCAAUUCCAUGAUAUCUGGGCUAUUCUCAUUCAAGGUGACAGCUCAACCCUGCAGGCAAAGACUUUUGUCCAAGAAAUUCUGAAAGCGGUGUUCACAGAAGAUGUGCUCCACACCCUUGGGCGUGAGCUGCGCACGGACACAGAUCACCGAAUCCUUUUCAGACCAUGCAGUGCCAAAUGCCCAGCACCACCUGAAGUGAUGAAGACUGUCUUCGCAGUUUUGUUUGCCCGAAUUUUGCUCGACAAUUUUGCAGUCUCACAUGGCCAAGAAACCAUCCUUAAAUGGAGAGGUCGUCCUUUGUGGAAAGGACGCAUGGAUACAUCCGUUUCAGCUGAGGUACUUGCCAAAGCUCUCCAGUAUGCAUUAUCGGCGUGCACAGAUUUCUCAGCGAUCCGAAUUGUCCAUCGUUCCAAACAGUUUGCAUCCGGCUUCGUUUCCGAACUUGAACCCUCGCCCGGCAACCCAUUGUCCACAAAGGCCCAAUCACUGAUGCCAAAGCACAAAAAGCGACAGACCAUGUAUCUCAAUCCUGCCGAGUAUCAGCUUGAUUGCUCUUGCUUUCUCAAUGAAGAUGGCUCACAUCCAAAUCAGAUCACGGAUUUCCGUGGUGGCAUGACCGGAGUUUGUUUGGUUGAUGCAGACAUGGCCAAGCCUUGGCUCCACAGCAACAAACAACUUUCCUCGGAUGAGUUAGGCAUGUUGAUCCUAGGACCAUUGCCAGUUAAGUGUGAUCUUGACCAUCAGGAAGUUGUCGUGCCAGGAUGGGAUCGAAUGCAACAGCAUGUCUUGCUUAGUGCUACUUUGGUUCAAUUUGGCGCAAAGAAGCUUGCUCCCAAACAGUGGGAGAAGACCACUUUCACUGCCAACAUUUCCAAAGUUGUCGCUUUCACCUUGUGGAGACAGGAUUGGACAAAAGAAGAAUGGGGUGCUGCUCUGUCGCAAACAAAUCAGUUCAUCCGUGAAAUCUUUGCAUCGCAAGGAGUCCAUGCCAUUGUCGCAUUUUGGGGACGUAGCCUCCGCUCAGGGCGAUCCCAGGCGACACCAGACAAUGCCACGAGCAUGCAAAUCCAUGCCUCUAUUGAGUCCGAGAACUACCUCAAGUUGCUAACCCUCACCGGGUUCAACAAAGUUUGGGCAGCACCAAAGCUCGAAUCCGGGCGCCUGAGCGAUGAAUUCCGCAUUUUGUGGCUACCAGCUACAGUUGAUGACUUGCAGAAAGCAGCCGCUAUGUCAGCCACCAUGUCAGGCAAUUGCGGGCUUGUACGCGGAAGAAGUAACUUUGGCAUCAGAUUGUCCAAAGCAAGCUUUGAGUCAGCAUGGAAACAUUUGCACCCAUCAGAACCUUGCCCACCAGAUAUCCCCUCAACAUUUGUGUACAAGCUUGAGCCAUUGCCAUUUGGAUCCAACCCGCAAGUUUUGUUGGAAUGGGGAAAGCACGUGAAGUGGGUCUUUCGACCAAUGAAGCCGACUGGACCAAGGGCAUGGCUGGUAUGCACGGGCGAAGCGCCACCUUCCACACAAUUGGCAUUUAACGGCCAGGUUGUCCUCGCCACCUUGCUGCCACCGCGACAAAGUGCCAAAACUUCCAUGAUAGUUGCCGGACCACGUUUGCCAGCCGCUGACAAAAGAGUCACAGAGAAGAAUUCAAACACCAACACAGACCCAUGGGCAACAUACCGAGCCAUGAAUCCAUUCUCUGCGCAUAGCUCACAGCCCACUGCUGUCGCCACACCUGGCCCCACUGAAGCCAGAUUUCAGCAGCAAGAGGAGAAGCUAACUGACUUCGAGCAGAAACUGAAUGAAAUCCAGAGCAUCCAACAGCAGCAAGCCCAUACCAUGUCUGCCAUUACAACCGAAGUCCAAACAACCGAGAAGCGAUUGCAAGCUUCGGUCACCCAAGCAAUCGAUGGCGUCAAAGCUGAGCUGACCAACUCGUUCGCAGCAGCUUUGGGCGCACAGACAAAACAGUUUGACCAUGGAAUGAAUGAAAUCAAAGCUCUGUUGCAUGCCUCCAUGAAGCGCAAAACAACAGAGCCAGGUUUUUGCGUCAGCCUAAGACUUGGAUUGGACUUGGAGUUGACCAGGUUGCGCACAUUGUUGAACUCCAGAGCACCCAUUUUGGGCAUUGACGCCAUAGCACCUGCUGAAUUGAAAAUGUUGCCUGACCUGCUCAUUGAGCGAGCUUUCAAUGAGAUCUUGCCUGGUGCCACUUUCUGUAGAGCACAUCAUGAAAAGGAUUUAGGCCCUGCAGCAGCUUUGAAAUGCUACCUGCGACGUGUUGAUUGGGACAUUAGCCCUGAUGGAAGUAUUCACACAUCCGCAUUUGAAAAGCUGCACUUGCUCAGUGACCCGCUAGCAAAAUUCAACAUGCAUUUGACACUUGCAUGGCAAAGGGACCUGCUGAAACUCUACACCACUCGUAGAAACUGGCAUUACCUGCCCGACAUCAGCCGGCUCGACACCAUUCAAGUCCUUCGCAAGUUUGAGGACAAGCAGCGUCGGCCCUUGCGGCAGGCCUGCUGCGGCCUGCUUGCCGCAAAGCUCCAGGCUAUUCACCAGGUUUUCGAUGAGUUGAUCCUUCACGCCGAAGUCACCUUUGUUUGGCUUGUGGAAGAGGCUCAGUUCGAAGAGCUUCCAAAUUUGCUGCUAGAUUUUGCCAAGCUCGCUAGAGAAGGUGCUACAAAAAUCCUGGCCAUUUUGGAAGAGAGCAUUGCAAUUGAGGGAUUUGCCAAGGAUGAUUCAGGUGGCCAUGACUUGGUCGGAGAAUUUCGAACGAUUCAGGCCAUCGCAAUGGCGGGUACCAAGUUGAGCCCCCGUUUGAAAGCCCGAGGAAUCCUUCGCCGAAGCUUGAGACUUCAGAGACUUGUGGAAGGUCAUGGCAACUCAGAGGUGUCAGAUGUCAACUGA